AUGGCCACAAACGUCACAUUAGAGAACCUGUCGAGUCUCCUGGCCGACGACAUCAAAGUCAAGGUCGCUGGCAUUGACUGCGAUGGCAUCCUCCGCGGCAAAGUCAUGUCCAAGGAGAAAUUCCUAGGCAUUGCGGAAAAGGGAUUCGGGUUCAGCUCUGCAGUUUUUGGCUGGGACAUGCAGGAUGUCCUCUAUACAACCGAUGCCAACAUUGCGCCCAAGGACUCUGGGUAUGUGGACUUUAUCGCAGUUCCAGAUUUGAGCACAUUUAGGAGGAUACCCUGGGAGGAUGACAUCCCCUUCUUCUUGGUGCGGUUUAUUCAGAACGGUCAAACUGUUUCUGCAGAUGGCCGGAAUAUGCUCAAAUUGAUAUGCGAUAAGCUUGCGGCAGAGAACUGUCAGGGAAUGGCCGGUGUGGAAUUGGAGUUCAUGAACUUCCAAACCCCCUCAGAAGACGGAUACAGCAACGGCUCCCAAACCCAGAAUAUCGCAGCCUUCCUCGAAAAGAACACCCCUGGAUCUCUGCGCCCUAUAACUGCAGGCAGUUUCUCCUACAGCGCAACGCGACCAGUGGCGUUCAAGAAAUAUUUUUACGACAUCUUCAAUACCUGCGCACAAAUAAACUGUGGAAUCGAGGGGUGGCAUACGGAGGGAGGACCAGGCGUAUAUGAAGCAGCCCUCAAAGUAUGCGACGUUCGCGAAAUGGCAGACAGAGUAUCCUUAUUCAAGCUACUGGCGAAAUCAAUAGGUGUUGAGCACGGCAUCACUCCCUGUUUCAUGGCCAAGCCGAUCCAAGGUCAACCAGGCAGCUCCGGUCACAUCCACGUUUCGCUUUGCGAUCUCGACGGCAAGAACCUGUUUGCUCGGGAGACUCCCGACGACAACGCCCCCUGGCCUGAUGCAGUUGGGCUGUCGGAUCUGGGCCGCCAAUUCCUCGCUGGUCUUCUGGAAGCUCUACCCGACAUCAUGCCUCUAUUCGCACCGACCAUCAACUCCUACAAACGGCUAGUGGAGAACUUCUGGGCGCCCGUGAAUGUGAGCUGGGGUCUAGAGGACCGAAUGGCCUCGAUCCGUCUCAUUACACCACCGGUAUGUAAGCCUGGCGCGACGAGAUUCGAGGUCCGUAUUCCUGGAGCGGACUUGCACCCCCACUAUGCACUCGCUGUUAUCCUCGCCGCGGGCUGGCGCGGUGUACAAAAGAAGCUGGAGAUCAAGGUACCGCCUGUGUCGGCCAUGAAGAAGGAUAACACUCGUCCGGAAUUAUUGCCAAACACUCUUGAAGAAGCUUUGAAGCGCUUCAACGCUGCUGAUAGUGUUGCACGCGAGAUACUGGAUGGGGAGUUUGUGGACUUCUUCACCGCAACUCGUGAGCAUGAGUUGCGGGUGUGGAGAGAGGCUGUGACUGACUGGGAGUUUAAGCGGUACAUUGAGACAGUGUAG